AUGGGUGUCACUGUGAUUGGUGUUCUAGACGCUGAACUAGGCUCGGAGUGGGAUGCACAAAAUGAGGCAACGGUGAGCAUCAUUCAGGCGCUUGCGUCCGCGGUUGUGUCAAUGACGCCGCUAUAUUCGCAACGGCCCGCAACUUCCUCUAUGGGAAACUGGACGUCAGGUCCAGGACUGUCACCUUUGUCCACGCUGAGCUCCAACAACGCUGGCAACGGUGAGCAUCAUCCAGUGCGCUUUCGGACAGCGUCGACGGAAACACUUGAGUUUCGCUUUCGGAGUGCAUCGACGGAAACGCUAUUGACAACAGUCGACGUGGAGGCUCCCAAGCGGCUUUUUCCGCGUCAACAUCGUGGCAACACGGCGUGGUGGCUCCUCCUGUUAGUCGCCUGCGUCCUCAGCCUCUUGGCGCACAAGUGUCCUACAGUUCUGCUUUGUAGCGUCUUCAUGGACCCCAAAAGUAGGGCCCCCGCUAAAGGGCGGUGCGACAUGUUGUUUGUCUUAGUGCGGACCACUAAGAAUGACGUCACGUAUGCGGGAAAGAACUCGAAGGCGUUUUCCCAGCUUUUACAUCGAGCCGUGGCCUCCAACACGAAACUUGGGUUGGACUUCCAGUAUGAAAUCUCCAUCUCAUUAUUUCCACUUUGGACAAGAUCGUGAAUAUGAGGAGCGCUCAUCGGUGCAAUUGACGCAACGGUCGGCCCCCUUGCAUUCCUUUGUGUCGUGGGCUGCGUGACUACACCGUGCACAACGAGGAGAGCCCCGGCAUGCGUCAGCAGCAUGUCCGUAUCGAUUGCAACGAAUGCAGCGCAAGCGAUUUGGAAUGUACGGUCGCACAUCUGCUGAAAGGUACCCUACUUUUAACUUGUCAGGUAAGUUGGGCUUAUCAAAAGUCAAUACCAUGUUCCUCGUGGUGAUAUAUUCACCAUUCUUACGGAUCUUAAUUUCCUAGGAUUUCCUCCCCAGGUACGUUAAUCAGCUCUGAAACUGAGAUGACGCCCCUGCAACUGUUGAUGGUUUUGUGAAAAGAAGCUGAAAUCUUCUUUCCCGUCAUCUCGUGCGUGUUUAGGAUGUGCUCGCAGUCUUUUUUGAUUUGUGCAUUUUAGGAGCAGGUAACCAGAUUGUAUACGUUUGGUUUCAGUAAUGUUCUUCGACGGUGCUGCCACUGCCUUCUCCAAGAAAAAAAGGGUGCCAUUUUUCCCAGCUUUGCUUCUCUCUUUGUGUCUCAAGACGUCAAUACAAUGUAUUUUGAGGUGAACUGUUUCGAUACAGUCCUUAAGACUUGCAAACUUCGCGGCCAAGAUAUCGGUGGAUUGUAACGUUAACAAAAUUUCAUAAGUUCCCUUUCCCUCUUGUUUGCUUAGCGCUCCCCUUUGCCUGACAAAAGCGCAUGUGUAUGCCUGCACAGCCGUGAGUAGGCGGUGACUACCACAGAAUAAACAUUGUUAUGAGACCGCUUGAAUGUGUGACAUGGUGCCAGCGGGAACACAAAUGCUACGCGCAACGCACCAUGCGUCACAGCUCCAAAGACAAGUUGGAGCUCCGAAAGGACAUCGUCGAUGGAUACCCUUGAAGGCCAACCACAGCCACAAGCUUCGAAAAUGCUGCAUACUAUGUCAAGCCUUCUUCCUUCGCCCAAAGCGCUGCAUACUACGCAGGACCUAUAGAAAUCCCGGAAAGUAUGGAGAAACAGGGCGUCGCGGCCAAGCUACAUCCUGUGCAGAAGUACCCUCAUUCCCACUGCGCGUAUCGCGAACCCCAUCACCAUGGACUGGGUCAUCUUCGUCCUUCGGAGGUGUCUGCUUCCAUUGUACGAUUCAUACCUCCAGGAAGCUCGGCCUUUGAGUAAACACAUUCGCAAUUCGAUUUGCAUAGGUUGUGAGCAAAUUAGGAGACGCCCCUCUUGUUCUGCGCACAUUUUGGAAGGACUAAGAAUCGCAUUGGAAUGUUGGUACGUCGGAGAAGCAAGCUACCACUAUAUGUACUAUGUAGUUGCCAAAAUACUUGAAGUGUGACGAGGACAAGGCGAUGAGGAUGUGCCGCAAACAAUAUAAACGAUACGAGCAGAUACAUGUGUGCCAUCAAACAGGAAAUUGAAAAUGUUAUUUUGGUGAACAAUAGAUGCGCAUGUUAUA